UACUAGCUUCAGCAGGUUCAUUUUAUAUCCCCAUGUAGCUUCGGACUGACCGACGCUACAUUGUUGAAUCAAAAACUAAAAUGACAUUCCCACCUCACUCUAUCUCAAAACUUCUCUCUCACUUUUUUUCACUGUCUCCUCCCUCGUCGCACCGCGACCAUCAAGUCAUCAACCACACCAGAAAAUGGAUCGUACUUGGAUGUAUAAUAGAGUAAAUGAUAAUAGGUUUGGAUUGAAAACUGAGUUUGUUCGUGGUGUUAAACAAUUUGUGAAGAGGACUAUCAAUCGACCUAUUUACUUAUCUGAGGGAGGGAUAAGGUGUCCGUGUGUAAAGUGCAAGUGCAUCAAGUUAAAUACUCCACCUAUGGUCAGGUAUCACUUAUACAAGCAUGGUUUUCAGCCAAACUAUUUGAUUUGGACUGAUCAUGGAGAAGAGAGGCCAAAUAUUCAUAAAGGUGGUGGUUCAAAUAGUAGUGGACUUGUGCAUAAUUGCCAACGUAAGAGGAAGCUCCAGACGAAGAUUGGUGAAACCAGUGAAGAUAGUGCGCAUGAGGUGGAUGAGGCAAUGAGGCUUCAGUUGUCACAGAAGUCUAUAGGGAGUUGUUCUCGUGGUCAGGUUUAUGACACUGCUGACGUGUCUGCAACCCUCCAACAUGGAUCCACAUCACUUACAAAACAAUCUCAAACUCCUUCUACUCCUCCCGUGAGUGGUUGGUCUCCGGAAGAAGAUAGGUGGACUAGCAGAGUUGAGAAGACAACUCACAACACACUAGUUGUGACUCGAGAAGCUAAAGAGAUGGCUCACUAUGCCCUAGUUGUGGCUCGAGAAGCUAAUGAGGGCAUACAAAAGGUACAAAAUGAUUUCGAUUGCUUCAAGUCAGAGUUCAUAGAGCACUUGGAGGCUUUGGAACGUCGUCAGUCAGAUGGUGCAUCAUGUAGUUCCGGUCAUUCUUGUUCACAUCCUCGAUAUGAUGAUGGUGAUGAUUUGGACGACCAAUCAUUAGACGGUAAUGCUUGAUUUUGUUACCUGUUGUUUUUUCUGGACAACGAAUUUACGUAAGGUGAUUUUGUUACUCUUUUGUAAUCGUUGGAAAACCAAUCUAUUUUGUUGCUUGAUUUUGUUACUUUGUAUGGUGAUUUUGUUUCUGCAUUUUAACUAUGUAUUACCAACCACUAUUGAUGCAUCCUUUUUCCAUUCUCUGUCUU